CUUUGCUUUUCUCCUCGCCAGCACAGAGAUCACUUGAUUCAAAUUUCCAAAUUCAAAUCUAGUUCAUUUUCUUGGAGCACAUGAAAUAAAGCACAAACAAUCAGCGAAAUCAAUAAAAACCAUGGAGGAUGACCUGGAAUUUCUUAUCAACGCCCUGUCGGUGCCAAACACUCCACUCACCGAGCCCUACGAUGAGUUGCAGCUACUCGAGAUGCGUGAAUCCUUCAAGACGCUGCAGAAGCUCCUGCGACGCAGUUCGCUGCCCGUGGAGGCGAGUCUGCGUUCCAUGCCGAGAUCGAAAGCUGGUGGACAAAUAGAUGCACUCCCAUCCCAGCUGGCUAUUGAGGACAACGCUUACGAGAGGGCCAGCGAUCUGGUGUGGAACUCGGCGGAGAGCGGAGCCCACUCGUCGCCCAUCAUUUCGGAAUGCGGCCUGCGGGAUUGGAGAAAGGAGAAUCCUGCCUCCGAUAUUGGAGACAGGGCACUGGUGCCUUACGAGGAACUGUGCAAUGAGCGGAGCAGCUCGGAUACCACAAUCACCAGCCGGAGCUUUGACUCAUCGGGAAUCUCUAUCAGCAUACCUGUUCAUUUGGUAUGGAACAACAGUGACUACAAUCAGCAGAGCACGGACAGUGAAACCACAAUAAAGGCGGACGGGUUCAGAUACAGUUUCAAGAAAUAAGUCACGGUCCACCAUGUUGGUUUUCAAAAUAGGAUUGAAGUUUCAUACAUAUUUAAUACAUGCAAAGGUCUCAUAAUUAUA